UAUAAAUAAAAUAUUUUUUUUGUUAUUGCUUCUUAUUCAACAAAAAACGUGACUCACAUUAAAAAACACGAAUCUUAAUUUAUUUUUAUUUUGUGAUGGAAAUUGUGCAAUUGUUUAUAUGAACUUUUUUGUAGAUCUAGAUGUCUACUAUCAACCUUUUAAAUGUUUUCCUCUUUUUAUUUGACACCAUGUAUACAGGUAUACAGCCUAUACACCCCUUAAGUAGAGGCAAAUAAAUACACUCCCCAUCAAAAGUAUUGUAACAUCCAUGAUUCUCGAUAUUUCCUUGUUUUUUUACCUUAAUCCAUACUGUGUUUGUAUUUAAAAUAAUAUUAUUAUUAAAUGAGAGAUAUUAGGGAUUAGAUACAUCAUUGUUAUUCACUGUUUAUUUACACAUGAUGGAAUUUUGGUUUAUUCAUCUCAAAUAUCCUUUCAGUCCAUGUUUAUCUUUCAUUUGCCUCAAGUCUGUUCUCUUUUUUCUCUUUAGUCUAGUUAUGAUAAUUAAUUUUAUUCAUAAUGAAUCGUUUAAGCUACGAUGAUUCGGUCAGAAUCAUCACUCUCUCUGAAGAAGGCAAAUCAUUGCGUUACAUUCAUAAUCACCUUGGGAUUCACUAAUCUUCCAUUUCAAGGUACAGGGAACCCAUAAAAAGGUACAUGAAGACUGGUAGUCAUUUCAGGCGACCAACACCAGGAUUACUAAUCCCAUAGAUGACAACUUCAUAAAAAUGCACGCACUUCGGAAGCGUAAUUCUACAGCUUCUUCCAUUAAAAACUUGAUCGCUGGUGUUCUAGGGAUACAUUCUCGGAGUUAACGGUCAUUAGAAGACUGAGAGAGACUUCUACCUCAGCUCAAGAGAAGACCAGUGAAAGGUCCUCUUCUUACCUCAGAACACUGCGUAAAAAGAUUGAGAUUUGCAAGGGAACACCAAUCUUGGACUGUGGAGGAAUGGGAAAAAGUUCCACUGAUGAGACGACAGUGGCCCUUAACAGAUCAGAUGGCUGUGAAAGAGUUUGGAGAACAGUAUAGUCAGUGCUGCACGUUAGAACCGAGCCAUUUGGAGGGAGGGGGGGAGAGAUGUUCUUUCAUGUUCUGGAGCAACAUAUCUUGGGAGGCACUUACUGAGUUAGUGCCAAUCUAAGGAGUGGCCUUGAAUGCUUUAAGGUAUGUAAAAAUGAUUCUUCAAGAUCAUGUAGUGCCUUUUUAUGCUGUUCAUAGGCUCUGAAUCGUUGCUAAUGCCGGUCCUCACAAGGCAAGAUGUUUUUCUGAGUACCUGAACACCAUAAAUAUCUACACCAUUGAUUGGCCAGUAAGAAGUCUUGACCUUAAGCCAAUUGAGCAUGUUUGGGAUUAUCUCAAAAGAAAGGUUCAGUCACAAGAUUUACCUCCUAUUACUCUUGAAAUGCUAAAGGCAGCUGUAUUGGAGGAGUGAAACAAUAUACCCCAAGAUUUUCUUCCAAAUCUUUUUACAAGUUUGCCUAGAUGAGGGGAAGCAGUCAUUCAAGCCAGAGGAGGAAAAGGUCUUAUUUGGUUAUUGGAAGAAAUAUUGUAAUUUAUUUUAACAAAACUUGUUAAUGUGUAGUUUAAAAGUGUUUAUUAUAGACUUCAGAACCUUUCUUUAUUAUGAAAAAAAAAACAGAUGUUUAGGAAAAUUCAAAUAUUUCAGUGUUGCGAUACUUUUGACAGGGAGUUUACUUAUAAGAUUGAUACUAGAUCUCAAGAUCUAAAUAAAAAGCUUAUAUAAAUAUUAGUAUGAUUUUCAUAUGGAUGAACCUUCGCAAACCAUGGUCUACUGCAUCAUGAAUUUUUGAAUGACCCUCUUCAGGCUAUCUGUGCUCCCACAAGCAAUACAUCUCUGUGUUAAUCUCUUUAUAACAUUGUUUCUCUAUGUAAAUGCUCCUCUCUGUAAAACAACCUGUUCCAUUCCUGAAACCACAUGUAAUCGCUGUCAGUUCAAACAGGUGUCUUCGGGUUGUCAUACGACUUAACGAAGAUUAGCUUUCAUUCUAUUUGCCCGUUUACUGUAAUUUUUUAAACCCAAAAUGAGUCAUUUAUCAUUCGAAAUGAGGGACAUUUGUGGCCAGUUGUAUGAUAUAGGUGCUCUGAAGUUUGGAGAUUUUAAAAUGAAAGUGGGUCUGAAUUCGCCGGUUUAUUUUGAUUUAAGAGUUAUGGUGUCUUAUCCAGAAGUUAUGGACACUUUGUCUAGUAUGGUAUGGAAGUUUGUUGAAAACCUUAACAUUAAACCAAACGUGAUAUGUGGAGUUCCUUACACAGCUCUCCCUAUAUCUACCCUUGUGUCAGUUAAAUCUGGAAUUCCAAUGCUGAUCAGGCGGAAGGAACCAAAGAAGUAUGGUACAAUGAAACUUAUUGAAGGUACAUAUUCGGAGGGCGAUACUUGCUUAAUAAUCGAAGAUGUAGUUACAUCAGGCGGUAGCAUUUUAGAAACUGUUAAAGAUCUUAGACACGAUGGAAUGGUUGUGAAUGAAGCUAUAGUAAUUGUGGACCGUGAGCAAGGUGGAAUCAUUAAUCUAAAUAAAGAGGGCAUAAAAAUGCAUGGCCUUUUUUGUUUGUCUGAGGUCUUAGAGGUCCUUUGUUCGCUUGGAAAAAUAGAAUCAGAAACUGUUGAAAAGGUUUUAGAUUAUAUUAGAAUUAAUCAAAUAUUUCCUGAUGGAGAAAUGAUGACCAUUGAAUUUCCACGUGGUCGUCUGGAACAAAGAUAUUCAGAAAGAUCUCUGAUUGCCGGUUGUACUCUCGCCAAAAAGCUUUUUAUUUUAAUGGAAAAAAAACAGAGCAAUUUGUGUAUUGCUGUUGAUGCUUCUAAUUCUAGAGAUUUGAUAAGGUUGGUUGAAGAAACAGGAGAACAGGCAGCAGUUAUAAAAACCCAUUAUGAUGGUAUUGUUGAUUGGAAUGAAAAUACAGAAAGACAACUUGUUACUCUAUCCAAGAGAUUAAAUUUUAUUAUUUUAGAAGACAGGAAGUUUAGCGAUAUUGGAAAUACAGUUAGACUUCAAAUGCAGGGUGUACGAAAAUGGGCUGAUGCAGUAACAAUGCAUUCUAUUGCUGGUCCAGGAUUUAUACCAGUAUCUUCUAAACCUGUAUUUUUAGUUGCUCAGCUUUCUUCAGCUGGAAACCUUAUUACUUCAGAAUAUACUCGAGCUACAAUUGAGUUUGGUGAGAAUUAUGCUCAAAAUGUGGUUGGUGUUGUUUGUCAAGAUGGAGAUUUUUUAAAAUUUCCUGGUCUCAUUCAACUCACACCUGGGGUAUCUGUUGAUAAGGGUGUCGAUGCUAUUGACCAACAAUACACAACUCCAGAGGAAGCUGUUCUAGUGAAAGGCGGUGAUCUUAUCGUUAUAGGAAGAGCAAUUACCACAAGUUUUAAUCCAAAGCUGAAGAGUGAAGAUAUUUUAGCUGUGGCUGCAUUAAAAAGAGCCCUUAUAACAGCAAAGAGACGAGUAAGAGGCCACAUACUCAUUAUGUGA